GUGACAGACCUGCCCUGUGCUUAGCUUCCCAGGACGGUGUUAGCACAGCCAGGAGGAGCAGCUGUUAUCAAGAGAAGCACCAACAAACCUGUGCUUUGGGACCGAUGGCCUUGCGCCCAGGUUGGAGAGCGUUUACGUCAUUUGCCAUGAACCGCUGUGGUGUCCUUCGGAAGGCUGUGAGAAGCAGUGGUUUUCCCUUGCUUCCCUGGGGCCACUGCCCCUGGAGGGGAACUGGAAGCUUUUUGGACCCUGAGAUGAAAGCUUUCCUGGAGGAGAACACUGAAGUCACCAGCCGUGGUAGCCUCACCCCUGAAAUCCAGUUGCGGCUUUUGACCCCCAGAUGCAAGUUCUGGUGGGAGAGAGCUGACCUGUGGCCCCACAGUGAUCCUUACUGGGCAAUCUACUGGCCAGGAGGCCAAGCCCUGUCUAGGUAUCUUUUGGAUAAUCCUGACGUUGUCAGAGGAAAAUCUGUGUUAGAUAUUGGGAGUGGAUGUGGAGCUACAGCUAUCGCUGCUAAGAUGAGUGGAGCUUUAAGGAUCUUGGCCAAUGACAUAGACCCUAUUGCAGGAAUGGCUAUUACACUAAACUGUGAGUUGAACCAACUGAAUCCUUUUCCCAUUUUAACCAAAAACAUACUGGAUUUGGAACAAGAUAAGUGGGACCUUGUUGUGCUUGGAGAUAUGUUUUAUGAUGAAGACCUUGCAGACAGUCUACAUCAAUGGCUGAAAAAUUGCUUUUGGGUCUACAGAACUCGAGUACUGAUUGGUGACCCUGGGCGACCCCAGUUCUGUGGACAUAGCAUUCAGCAUCAACUGCACAAAGUAGCAGAAUAUUCACUUCCAGAGCCUACUAGGCAGGAGAACAACGGACUGACAACAAGCACGGUGUGGGAUUUUCAGCCUUGAGCUGCUGAAGUACCUCCGAUAUGGAUAUAGCUAUGUUUGCGUUUAACCCUAAAAGACUGUCCAGUUCAAAGAAGGCAAUUUGUGUUAAAUGGAAAAUCUUGUUUCCAAAAUAUGAAGGUUAAAGUUUUGUCACCCUUUGUCAUGUAACUUGUUCUGCAG